GAGCAUCACACAUUUCCAUCUUACACAGUUCAGCUCAUAACUCAUAAGUAAAAUUCUGUUUCUCUAAAAUAUUACUCAUCAAUUUUUAGCUAACUGCAAAAGAUGAAGAGGAAAUCAUUUGGGCUCUUGCUCCUGCUCUUCAUAGUCCUAGCUUCUGAAAUGGCGGUGCAGACAGCAGAGGGGAGGAUGUGCGAGUCGCAGAGCCACGGGUUCAAAGGAACAUGCAUGCGUAGCCACAACUGUGCGUUGGUGUGCAGGAACGAGGGAUUCUCCGGCGGGCGGUGCCGAGGGUUCCAUCGCCGCUGUUUCUGCACUAAGCUUUGUUGAAUCUAAACUACCCCCAAUACCAAAUAAAGAUAUGAUCGUGCUGAUGUUUGUUAUCGUUUUCAUAAGGGAUCCACGUUAGCUACCGUAAGAAAGUGAUAAUGACAAGUUGUACGUGUUGGUGUUGAGAGCGGAAUGUAUAUUCAGAAGCAUCAUCAUGUGGUCAUAACGUCUUAAGUACUUUCUUAUUGUACUUCAUUCUCUCCUCAUGGAUUUGCGAC